CGUUAAGUAUGCACCUCAUGCAGCGUGUUUCCUCACUCUUCUCACCAUGGGCCUCCUCGAUCACUUGUGGGAUGACACCCUCGCCGGUCCUCGCCCGGAGAACGGCCUCGGCAAGCUCCGAAAGCACCACUCCUUCGCUUUCCGAUCUGCCUCCGCCAAGGAAUCAGACAGCGGAAGCGUGAAAUCGUACGGUGAGGAUUCGCCCAAGAAUGCGGUGAGAGUGACGCGAAGUAUAAUGAUCGUGAAACCACCUGGUAACCAGAGUCCCAGUGGAUCCGCUCCGGCUUCCCCCGCCGGUUCUACUCCUCCGGUGUCUCCGUUUUCGGGUAAGGAGCUAGAGAAUCCUUCCGUUUUCGGAGAAGGUCAACAUCAGAUGCGUACGAGAAGACAGGCCAGAACAGAUCAAGCUCUUCUUCUCCUUUCGAUGUGUGAGAAAUGAGCCUGACCACUAUAUAUCCUCCAUGGAUCGAUGACUGAAAUAAAAUAUAUAUAGUAGUUUGUUUUUCUCUAGCCUUUGCGGAUGAUGCUGUAUCCAUUUUUGUUUAUGUUAAUUUUGUGCAUAUAUAUAGUAUAUAGUAUAUAGCAUAUGUAUGAAUAUGUUUACGAGUUCAUCAGUUGAGCGAUUGAAGUCCUGAAACGAUCGAGGUAGCUGUGUGUGGUUUAACAGCUUGGUCUUGUUUUAUUGUUGAACUGGUUUAUGGUUCGGAAGCUGUAAAUAAGUAAUAACGUAGUAUAGGUGUGUUUUUGUUACGUGUACUUUGUAUAUAUAUAAAAGCCUUUCCAUUCCAAGUUUUGCUA